AUGUGCGGGAAUCCCUUGGGAAUUCUGGGUUUCCCACCCCAAAAUCCCUUUGGAAUUCUGCUGUUCCUGUACCGGCUGCUGGGGCUGUCGCUGUCCCAGUGCCCGCGGUCGGGGCCGCUGUUCCUGUACCGGCUGCUGGGGCUGUCGCUGUCCCAGUGCCCGCGGUCGGGGCCGCUGUUCCUGUACCGGCUGCUGGGGCUGGCCCUGGCUCUGUUUCCCCGGGCGGGGCCGGUGUUCCUGUACCGGCUGCUGGGGCUGUCGCUGUCCCAGUGCCCGCGGUCGGGGCCGCUGUUCCUGUACCGGCUGCUGGGGCUGUCGCUGGCUCAGUGCCCGCGGUCGGGGCCGCUGUUCCUGUACCGGCUGCUGGGGCUGUCGCUGUCCCAGUGCCCGCGGUCGGGGCCGCUGUUCCUGUACCGGCUGCUGGGGCUGUUGCUGUCCCAGUGCCCGCGGUCGGGGCCGCUGUUCCUGUACCGGCUGCUGGGGCUGUCGCUGUCCCAGUGCCCGCGGUCGGGGCCGGUGCGGGAGCAGCUCCAGGAGCUCCUGGACAGCGCCCGGGGCCUCCACGAGGCCGACAGGGAGGGCCUCUCGCUGUGCUUUGGGAUCUGUGCCCGGAACCACCUGGAGGAAACUUUGGAGAAAUUGGAGGAAUUUGUGAAUUCCGACGCCUUCAGGAAAUCCCAGGGGUUGUUCAGCAUCUUCAAGGAGCGCAGCGAGGCGGAGCAGGAGAAGCUGCGCGCGGCCCUGGUGCUCUGUUACGGCCGCGUGGCCGCGGCGGCGCCCCCGGAGCUGCUGCGCGCGCGCCUGGAGCCGCAGCUGCUGCAGAGGCUCCUGCAGCACGCCAAAACCAAGCUGCUGCGCUCGCGCCUGGAGCCGCAGCUGCUGCCCCGGCUCCUGCAGCACGCCAAAACCAAGGUUCUGGGAAUAAAAGUAGAGCCCAAGGACCCGGUGCUGAAGCUGAGCCUGGCCCGCAGCGUCUCCAUGAUCAGCCAAGCCCUGGCCUGCGGCAAUUCCGGGAACAGUUCCGGGAACAAUUCCGGGAAUUUCGGGAAUUACCCCGGCAACGGCCCCGGCGGCUGCGGCAGCAUCGCCCGCAAGGCCGAGCUGGUGGCGCUCAUGGUGGAAUUCCUGAGGGCGGAGCCUCCGGAGGCGCCGCGGACGCGGCUGCGGCAGCGAGCGCUGAGCGCCUGCGCACACCUGGUGGCGCUGGAGCCGCCCCUGAGCGAUUCCGAGCGCUCCGAGCUCCUGGACGCGGCCCUGGGAUCCGUCCUGGCCCUGCCCCCGCCCGAGCCCCCCAAAAACCGCCAGGAGCCCCCAGCCCAGGUUCUGUGGGAGAAGAUCUGCUCGGGGGACGCUCUGGGGGCUCUCUCGGAGCUGCUCCGGGGGCUCCUCCGGAGGCGCCUCAGCCCCGGCGGCCUCCGGGAGAUCUUCGCC